GCAAGCUUUAAUGAGACUAAAAAGCCAGAUUUCUUCCAUUUUCAGAAAAGAUCAAAAAGGUGGCAAUGAGAAAAAAAGGGCGAGAAGGCCAAAAGGGGGCAAAUGCCUCUUAAAUGAGGUAAAAGGGACACCCUGGUAUGCAUCUAAGUUUGACUUUAUUCCAUCUCAAUUCCUUUCACAAUUACCAAAAUUAAAAAAAUUCUUAUUAGAUAAAAUCACGUGAACAUUUGGAAGAAUUAGAAAUAGAGAAUGUUGAAUUAAAAAGAUUUUUUGAAAAUCUUGCCCAAACAGGAAAUGAAAAAGAACGUAGAAUGACAGAAGAAGCACGUCGUCUUUUAUAUUUAGCUAUUAGAGAAGGAAAACUUGAAAGGCGGGUUAAAAUCAGUGCACGUUUGAGACAGGCAAUGUGUGAAGAAUUAUCUCAAAUGCGUAACAGGCUUUGUAGACUGCUUACUGGCGAGGAAUCACGUAGUCGUCAGUUGGCCUUUGAGAAUGAAGCAAAAAUAUUUGAAUUAGCUCGGCUUCAAAAUGCUUUACUCCAUUCUGUCCCUCUAAACGAAUAUAAUCGUCUUUUACGUGAACACAAAAGAAUACUUAGAGAGCGUUUUUUAACUUCCUCCCCAGAUAUUGGUUAUUAUUCUACAACAACUUCAAGUUUAAAAACUAAUUCGGAAGAUGAAGAAGAGUCAGAAUAUAUUCAAUUAAAUAAAAUAAAUAUUUCAAAGCCUGGACUUUUAUUUGGAGAUAAUGAAAAUAUAAAUAAACUUUUGUUGAAGAAUAAAAAAUUAGAAGAAAUUAACGAAAUUCUAAUUGGACAGAAUGAGUCUUUGAAAGCAGAAAAAAGGAAAACAGAAACAGAAUUAGCUGAAAUGAAUGCUUUUCUGGAUGAUUUGGAAGCUGAAACUGAAUUAAAAUCUAUGCUCGCCAAUAUUGAAAGAAGAUUCCUUCAUGCUAUUAGAGAGCAAUUCGAUGCAACAGAGGAAAGAGAAAGUUUACAAAAUGAAUUGAGGAGGAUUGAACGUAAAUUUAGGUACUUAAAUUAUUUAAUUUUUACCAGAAGUGGGUCGGAAUUCCGAUUUCCUAAAAAAUGUUUUCCGAUUUCCAAGUUCCGACUUUUGAGCCAGUUCCGAUUUCCGGCUCUUCCGAUUUCCGACAUCUCUGACUGUUCCGACCCACCUCUGAUUUUUACACCUUCCUUAUUUUAA